AUGUCAUCGACGGACUACAAGCUGCUCGUCCCUGAGGACGAAGCGGGCGCCCAGCUGGCAGCAGAGGAGGAAGACGACGUUGUUGUGCCGCUGACAACAGCGUCUUCUUCAGGCAGCGUGCUGAGCCGGACGCAGAAGUGGCUUCUGGUUGGCGUGGUUGUUGUGGCGCUGGUGGUGGCUGUUGCCGUGCCGGUUGCUUUGCGCGAGCACAAGUAUGAGGACGGCGCGUCCGUUGCUGUCGUGACGCACGAGAUUAACGAGGUCGACGUGCGCGAGGUUGACUACAACAGCCACUUGGAGGAAGACUCCUUUGCAAACUACAUGGACCUGGACGAGAUGCAAAGCCUGCUGGAGCAAGCUGACGCCGAAGAAGAUGAGCAAGAAGAGCAAGGGAUCAACGGCGACAGCAACAACAGCAACAACACAACACGAUCUCGCCGUAGCCUUGUGUGCCAAAACAACUGGCCCAGGGACACCUUGCUUGAGCUGGCGGGCUUCUCCGACCGCGUGUACAACUGGCAGAACUUCCGCAACCAGCCCGAGGACGUGGCAACGAACCACUUGGCAUCCUUUCGAGUGCGCGCGCUCGUGUUUGCCGUGGGCACCUUCCAGCACGGCUGGCUGCGUGACCACGUCCGCGUGCGGCCGAACUCUGCUCGUGUGCUUACCUUCAUGGGCACACGCUUCACCGAUGUUGGUGACUGGGCGCAGAACUUCCAGAUGUUCUGCAGUAACACGCCGGCCUCGUACAUGCAGCAGGCCCGCGACAUUGUCACCCGUGCCCGCGCAGCCAUGCCCGACGCCCGCAUCGUCAUGUUCACCGGCCACAGCCUCGGCGGGGCGCUGGCUGGCGUGCAGGCUGCGGAAGGCCGCGGCUGUGCCGUCGGCUUCAACAGCCCGCCGCUGUCUGCCAUUGCUCGCCGCACCAGCAACAUGAUUGUGUACCGCAUCGACACGGACAUUGUGUCGCUGCCAUUUGACCGCAGCAAUCCCAUUUGGCAGCGCGUGAGCGCCGCCACCGAUCGGGUAGGCAUUCGUUGCAACCACCAGCAGCACCUUGGCCCCGUGGUCACCUUGCCCAUGCCGCAGUCGUUCAGCUUUGGGCGCUUCACGCUCGACGUGUUCACCCGAGGUGCUGAUGCGCUCGUCUCAACCGCCUUCUCCCUCAACUCGCCCGACUGGAUCCAGUUCCUCAGGGACACUCACCGGGCCCACGCCAUCCGCACGGUGGAGAUGGCGAUUCGCGGCGGGAACCAGCGCAGCUGGUGGUGCCGCAACAUCCGCAUUGGCUGCUGA